AUGCCAAGGCUCGAAACCCACAGAACCGGCGGUCUUCACUACUCGAGCAUGAACUCGGCAUCUGGUCUGCCACUAUUCAGCCCAAACUACUCAUUCGAGGGUGCUGGAUUCGGCAACAGCAAUAGUAAUACGAUCAACCCCAGCGCUUUGCGCUACACAGACUCACCGCAAGCAUUGGCCCUGGAUCCUACAUCAGCCUUUGUACACGGUGUUGGUGGGUAUCGCGACAUGUCAUCUACCCAAGACAGCUUUGACUGGUUGACCGGCUUCGAAAACCAGCUGUCUUUCGAUAGUGCGGUCGACGAAAACGCCAUUGAUGAAUCGUCCCCUUCUGCGAUGAGUACGACGAGCCAGAGUGGAAUUAGCGAUAUCAUGCUCGAUGGCUCGACCCAUAUGCGAAAGCACUCCACGUCUGUCCCCCCAGUGUCCUCAGACGGGACUACCUCGACCUCCUUGCCUUUGUGGCAGCAGGAUAGCAGUAUACAUCAGCAGAUGAUCAACAGUGGCUUCUCUCUCGACAUAAGCUCGGCAACCUUUUCAGACCUUCUGAGCGGCUUUUCUUCAAUGUCGCCUCAUGCCCCAACGAGUCAGCUCGGCAAUCAAAAUGGGCAGAACUCGUUGAAUAGUGUAGGCACUGUGCCAUCAUCAAACCGAAACAUGGAUACUUACUUCUCUACGCCACCGCCAUCUCUCAGCUCGCUCAGUCCUUCUCUGCUAACGACUAUGAACCCAGCUAAUCUGAGUCAAACGUUUGGCUUUGGCGUCGGCGCUGCUCCUCAUACUCCGACCUCGUUGAAUGGUAGCCACAACAGCGGGGAAGCAUUUCGCACCAACAAUAUGCCAGUGUCUACGAUCACAGACGCUACAAGAAACGCCAUAAUCAAUGCCUUGAACUCAUCUCCUUCACAGUCUUCUUCAUUUGGCACACGCAAGUUCUCGUUUAGCGGAUCUGGCUCGCCGUCUUCGACUCUACAAUCUGCCUUUGAAUACCAAGUACCUAGCACCAGCGAUCUACAGAGAUACGUGGGCGCCUAUUUGCGUUAUUUCCAGCCUCACUAUCCGUUUCUGCACGUCGCGACCCUCUCGUUUGAGAUCUCAUCCGACAUGAGCUCUCCAUCCACAGUGUCGGGAUCGGAUAAUGGCCAGGCUUGGAGGAGCAACGACCUCAAUGGUGCAGUCGGUGGAAGCGGAUGCUUGAGCCUCUCUAUGGCCGCAAUCGGUGCGCUUUACGAACUAGAACAUGAGCGGUCUCGGGUUUUGUUCACCAUGUCUAAGCGGAUGAUUCAGCUUUAUCUGGACGACCGUCGCAAGUCCCAUGUACGAAACGCACACUUCCGGAGGGCGUCCUCAGUCGGUGUGAAUGGACAGCCACAACAGACAGACAAUUUGGUGGAUACACCUGUGUGGUUGGUGCAAGCCAUGCUGCUCAAUGUCGUGUAUGGUCACAACGGCUCGGACAAGCGUGCCGGUGAGAUCGCCUCCACACACUGUGCAGCCCUGGUGAGCCUUGCUCAAGGCGCCAACCUUCUGAGACCGGUACGCGUCGAGCCUGAUUCGGAAGAUCUGACUAUGACCAUGGGGGAUGACAUUGAUGACGGUAGCCUCUGGAGUGGCAAUGGUACCAAGACCAUCAGUGAAGAGGAGCUAUGGCUGAAAUGGAGGGACAUGGAAGAGCGGAAGCGUACGCUAUACGCUAUCUUUACAAUGUCGAGCUUCCUGGUGUCCUCAUACAAUCACACGCCGGCGUUGACGAACUCGGAGUUGCUUCUAGAUCUGCCAUGCGACGAAGAGUUUUUUGCCGCACCGACGUGCUCAGACUUCAUGGCAUUGGGCGGGGUAGCAGCUGCCAACCACAAUCGGAUGACGAUGCAUGAAGCUUUAGGCAACCUGCUCAGAGCUAGUGAGAAGCAGGUGAGGCGAGUCGAUAGCGAGUUGCCAGAAGGUCGAAACGACGUCCCGGCCGAACUGAAGCCGAGCGCGUUUGGCUGCUUCAUCUUGAUCAAUGCCCUGCACAACUACAUAUGGGAGACCCGCCAGCGCCAUCACAACAAGAUUUGGACAAACGAAGAAACGGAGAAGAUGCACCGGCAUAUCGAGCCUGCACUGCAGGCAUGGCAACGUGCCUGGGCCAGCAAUCCUCGCCCCAGAGUCGAGCUACCGAAUACCUUUGCUCUGGGUGCCCUAGCCACAGACUCGAUUCCGCUCCUGGACCUUGCCUACGUUCGGCUGUUUGUAAACAUGUCGCGAUCGAAGGAAAUGUUCUGGCAGCGGGACUGGGAUGGGUUAGCGGAAGAACUGUCACAUGGUAGAGAAAUUGUGCAGCACGCAGAGAACUCUCCAGCCUCUAUUGCCGAGUCGGUCUUGACUGACGCUUCCUCGGACCUUACUGGGAGCAGCUCCUCUGGUCAUCUUGAUUCUCCGGCAACGCAGCACUCGUCUACACCGGACUUCGCCGCGGCGCAGUUCUCACUGGCUACAGCGGCGCAGACACAGAUCAAUGCACAGCAGGCCCAGCGUGCCACGUCGAGACGGGAGAAGCACUUGCGUAAAGCAGCGUUUUAUGCAGCAGAUUCUUUGUCCAUGACGGAUAAGCUCGGUUUCACCUUGGCGGACUUCUCCAACAGGGAGCUACCUCUGCAGUCGGCGUUAUGCGCCUUUGACUGUGCGCAGGUGCUUGGUGAAUGGGUGGCUACGUUGCAAGACCGCAUCGGACGGUAUCUCGGCAUUCUUGGCCACGACGAUGUGGACCUAGGACAGGUGCCUGCGAUCAUGCUACUUGAAGAUGAGGAUAUCAAGUUACUCAACAAGAUCCAAGACAUGCUGUCGACAGCUGAGAUGAAGAUGAAUUUGGAGCUGGCCAACGGCAGCAUUGACUCCGUGGGUGGCAUAUCUGGUCGCCUUGCUGCGCGCAUGCAGUUGGGAGAGCAGAUUGGCUACGCGGCCAAGAUCUUGAGCGUCACGGCUUACAUGUUGGGAAAAGCGGGUGUGUGGCCUGUCACACACUUGAUGGCCGAGUGCCUUGAAAAUCAUGCUGGCCACAUGCGGUCUCGGGCCGAGAAGUCUGUUGUGGCCUCUGAUUAA